AAUAGAUUUUGUGAUUUGUUUUUAUUUUGGUAAAAAACUGUAGGCAAUCUAUUUUAUAUUUUUUCCACAUAAUUGUGGCCAUUUGUUCAUUUGAAUUAUUAUAACAUAACUGCAGCUUAAAGUGACGCGAAAUAUGUCUAGAAAACAAAGAUCUGGAAAAAGCAAUUUGUCGCAAUUUGGACUUAUAGAUAUUCCCGAUUUAGACGAUGAUGAACCUAUGGACAUAUCAGAUGAUGAUCUGGAAGCAGAACUUGCGGCAAUCACUGGUGGUGGUGGUGGAAAGACAAGAAGACCUAGAAAGCCAGCUCCUGUUGCAUCAGCUGAUUUGGAUGCUAUGAUUGCUGCAAGCUUGAAAGAUGUGCCAUCAGAUGAGGAAGGAUCGGAUGAUGAUGAUCCUGAUUUAUUAAAUGAGCUCCAAGCAUUGGCCUUAGAUGAAACUCCACCAAAUAUGAGCCGGCCGGCACCUGCACCUCCUGGUGCUAUCAGUGCAGAGAAUAGUACAGUCAGUUUAUUACAAGAUAGGAUAUCAAAUUAUACACUAGCCGAAAAAAAUGCUAAAGAGAUUGGAGAAAGUAGUCGGGCUAGAAGGUUUGCUAGAGGCCUUAAGACACUGAAUGAUUUAUUAAAGCAAGCAAAAUCAGGAAAACCUAUAAACGAUGAAGAUAUUCCACCACCUGUCAUUGUGGGCAAGAAAACUGAUACCACUCCAACUCUUGUCCCUGAAAAAGUACCAAUUAUACCAUCAAUUCCGAACACAAUCCCUUCCAGUGACCCUCCUUUACCUUUAAGAAGAGCUCCAGCUCCCCCCCCUCGUUCAGAAUCACUUGGACAAAGACCCUCAACACCCCCAGAACCACAAAUUCCACCUCCACAAUUACCUGUGGAACCUGCAAUGGAUCCAGCGAAAGAGGAGGGACUUAGGAAAAUCUUACAACGAAAAGAAGAAUUUAAAGCAGCGGCUCUUGCAAACAAACAUGCUGAUAAUAAAGUAAUGGCUCUUGAAUACCUGAAAGUGGCGAAGCAGUUUGACAUUGUGUUAGAUGCAUAUAAAGCAGGUGAAGAAAUGGACUUGAAUGAACUACCUACUGUUGAAGCGAUUGCUGCUAUGGUUGGAAGUCAGACUACUGAAGAUCAGAAACAAACUGAGGCGGCACCUGAACCAGUGGCUCCACCUCAAGGUCUUAUAACGGCCUCCACAGUCGAUGAAGCUUUGAAGCAAAGGCUAGCCGCUUUUCAGGAACAAGAAUCAAAAGCAAAAGAACAAGGUAAUUCAUCGAAAGCUCGGCGUAUGGGGAGAAUAACAAAGCAGUAUCAAGAAGCGAUUAAAUUACACGCUGCAGGAAAACCUAUAUCCGUAGAUGAAUUACCAACACCGGCUGGAUAUGCUCCAAUACCCACUGAAGGAUCUCAUCAGCCAACUGCUCCGCAACCAUCAUCAUCCAGUCCCAAGGUUCCUGCCAGAAAUUCACCAAAACAGAUGACUCGAAACGACAAGCAAUUACUCCUACUUAUGCACAAGCAAAAAGAGUUCAAGGAAGCGGCACUUAAGGCUAAAAAGAGUGGUAAUUUGGAGCAGGCAAAAGAGUAUCUUAGAGCAGCGAAAGGUUUCGACUCUUUAAUAGAAGCAACUAAAGGAGGCCUUCCAGUUGAUUUGAAGUCCAUUCCACUGCCACCUAUAACUAAGAAACAAAUUGAAGAGACUUUCGAUAUAGUAUCGGCUGAAGACUGUGGUCCACCGGAUGAUACGUCAAUAUCCCUUGAAGACGAUGACGUAAUGUCCCGUUUGCAUUCACAAUUGUCAAAUCAAUUGAAAUUGUGUUUGACAAACCGGGACCAUUAUAAGGCUAUGGGAAAUAUCGCCGAAAGUAACAGAUUUGAGCAUUUAGCUGUCACUGUCAAACAAGAUUUGGAUGUUGUGGCUGUGGCUAAGACCCUCGGAACCCCACCAAAGUUCCACUACGAGAUGCGUCAGUUCUCAAUUGUUCAAUGCAAUACGGAUCUAAACGAGAGUGAACUAGAAUUAACGAUAGUUCGUGGGAUCGCUUAUAACGUACCUAACCCGAGGGAAAUCGAUACAUACGUUAAGUUCGAGUUUCCUUAUCCACAGGAUGCGCCCGUGUCAGACCGUACGGUACUAAUAAAAGAUACAAACAGCCCGCAAUACGACGCCGUAUUCACGUUACCGAUACAAAGGCAAAGGGCGUGUCUCAGGGUGUUUAAACGCCAUGCUGUUAAAUUCGAAGUUUAUUCUAGAGGGUGUUGUGACGGCGUGUUGUGUUGCAGUGGCUGGUUCAGUAAGGACACACUGCUGGGGUCUGCUUCCGUCAAAUUGGCACCGCUUGAGACACAGUGUACCUUGCAUGAGGCUUAUCAGUUGAUGGACGGGCGUCGUCCAGCGGGCGGGUCGCUAGAAGUACGUAUGCGUGUACGCACGCCCGUACUACAACAACAAAUAGAGCAUACAAAACAUAGGUGGCUUGUUAUAAAUAACUAGAGAGCUUUUUUUUUAAAGCUCAUACUGAACUUAAAUGUUUUGUUGAUUAAAUAGGCUGAAAGAGCGGGAUUUUCAUGAUAUGUUGUUUGUAUGUGAGCGAGUACCAACGCAUGCGUUUAAAAGCUUUCUAGGAAAAUUAAAUAGAGAAAAGCUGCAUAGAACAACAUUUUAGGGUUUAGGUGAAUUCCAUUAAUUUUAUCUUAAAUACAUACCCACUUAUUCGUAAAAAGCGUUUUUUACGAGGAAAAAUAUUAAAUUCCAACCUAUUGUUAAAUUCGCUUUAAGAUAUACUAUUCUAUUGUACGGUAUAUAUGUUAAUGGAUCCUAGUUUUACUGAAAUCUACAAAGGCCUUUACGUUUCAAAAAAGCUUGCCCGAAGGCAAUUAAAAUAGAGUAAAUUGUUAAUUAUUAACUUAUAAACAUGUGAUAUUCGUUUUACAUAUACCUAUGAGAAAGGCUCUAUUUAAAAUCAUUCUUGAGUCUCAUUAACUUGAUUCUGAAAUAUAAACAUAAACGUUUUUAUAACUAGCUCUUAAAAUAUGAAGCUUAUCCAAAUACCAGGGUUACUCUGUAACUUCCAAUAAUCACCAUUUACAAUAACUUUUUGUACCGCGCGAUCUCAAUGUUGCGACAUCAGCGCUAUGGAUGUUGAGAGAACUACAUCUUGCAUACAAAAUCAUGAUCGUUAUCGCUAUCGCUAUUGGAAGUUGCAGAGUAAUAGUGCAGGUUGACAAAGCAUUAAACGGUAAUGCAAAAUAUGUUUAAGCUAAUGAGGAAUAAACCUUUUUCAGAUCUGUGACUAGUGUAUUUAUUGUAUAUAUUAUUAUCAAAAUCAUAUUGUUGAAUACGCAUAUUUUAUUAUUGUACAAUUGUAGAUACUAUUCAUUAAAUUAUAAUA